AUGGAUCCUGUGUUUUCACACUCGAAAGCACAGGAUUCAACCCUCGCCCAUACCUUCCGAUUCCGUGUUGCCCUCCUAUCCCUCCUCCUUUUCUUCUCCAUAUUCCUUGUCCUGACCUCGAAUGGCACAGCCCUUGAUAUCUACAUCCGACUAGGAUCUUCAUUUAGCAGACCAUUAUCCACAUCAUAUCCUCAACCUCCGCUGAGUAGCGGCAACAUCGCAGCCAUUCCGUACAACAGCCCCCCUCAACAUCCUCCCCUUUUCACAGCCACAAAUGAAUCCUUGAUCUCCGAUGCGCAAAGAAUCUGCGCAAGGAAAUUAUCCCUACUAGAUCAACUGACGGAAAAUACUAGCCCCGAUGCAGCCACCUUUGACAGCGUUUUGUUGCCUAUCGCUCAGGAGGAGGAUGCAGCUAUGCUAGAAAGAAGAAUUAUCGGGUUUUAUCAGGAUGUGUCUACAAACUGUGAUUUGCGAGAUGCAAGUUCUGAGGCACAGCAGAUAAUAGAGGAGUGUGAUAUCGAGGCGUAUAUGAGAGAGGAUAUCUUUUCUCUAGUACAAGCUGUUUGGGACAAAUCGCAGAAGGGUGGGAGUAGAUUGGAUGGGGAGAGCUUCAGGCUGUUAAAAAAGGAGAGAAAGAGCUAUAUCCGCAAUGGUUUGGGGAUUGAAAAAGGGCCGAAGAGAGACCGGUUCAAGGAGAUAAAGAGGAGAUUGAGUCAGCUGUCGAUUCAGUUUCAGAAAAACUUGAACGAGGAAAAUGGGGGUGUUUGGUUUAUGAAACCGGAGUUGGAGGGUGUGCCGGAGGAUGUCUUGAGUGGUCUAGAAUUAGGCACAGGGGAGAAUGAGGGCAAGGUCAAAGUGUCUUUUGAUUAUACGGAUCUGUUUCCCGCUCUCAAAUUUGCGUUGCAUGGGGAGACAAGGCAGAAGCUAUAUGUUCAAAACGAGAAUAAACUCAACCAAAAUGUCCCGUUGUUCAGGGAAGCUAUCAUCCUGAGAGACGAAGCCGCUAGAUUGUUGGGAUAUCCAGACCAUGCCUCGUUUCGGAUAGAAGACAAAAUGGCCGAGUCAGCAGAGAGUGUGAUCAGUUUCCUUGGUGAUCUCAAGGAACGCCUUACGCCAGGGGGUGCCAAAGAGGUUGCGCAUCUAAGUCAACUAAAGAGUGAAGAUCUCAAAUCAAGAGGGCUAGCUCAUACAAAUGAUGGCAACUAUUACCUCUGGGACGACAGGUUCUACGAUCAAUUGAUGGUUAGCAAGGAAUUCUCAUUUGAUGAGCAGCUAAUUGCCGAGUAUUUCCCUCUUCAGUCUACUAUUGAGGGGAUGCUAGCAAUCUUCGAAGAGCUAAUGGGUUUUGUAUUUGUUGAACUUGGCUCUGCAGAUGGAGCAAAGAUAUCACCUACUGGCAAAAGUGCAGACAUUACAUGGCAUGAAGACGUUAAGAUCUUUAGUGUUUGGGAUGAUGAAGGAGAAGGCAAUGGUUUUGUGGGCUACUUUUACAUGGACCUUCACCCUCGUCCCGGAAAAUUCGGACAUGCUGCCAAUUUCGCUCUACAACCAGGGUUUAUUUUACCUAAUGGCACGCGUCGAUACCCCGCGACAGCACUCGUAUGCAAUUUCUCGAAGCCAGCCAAGGAUAAACCGUCGCUUCUCAAGCAUGAUGAAAUCGUACUCUUGUUCCACGAACUCGGCCAUGGCAUUCAUGAUCUCGCCGGCCGAACUAGAUAUUCUCAGUUUCAUGGAACAAAUGUUGUACGGGACUUUGUUGAGGCCCCGUCGCAAAUGCUCGAGUAUUGGUGUUGGAAUUCUUCAGUCCUCAAAUCCCUCAGCAAACAUUACAAGACAGGCGAGCAGAUUCCUGAUAAUCUGAUCGCGAAGCUGAUUAGCACCAAACAUGUCAAUGGUGCACUGGACAACCUCCAUCAACUUCAUUUCGGCAUUUUUGACAUGGAGGUUCACACACCAAGAAGUCACAAGGAAUCUGAGUCUAUUAAUUAUUCUGAGUUAUACAACGAUAUUCGUGCUCAAACCUACGGUCUAAAGGGUCUCGAAGCCUUAGGCGUGAGAUCAGACUGGGGGCAUGGUGAGGCUAUAUUUGGUCAUUUGAUGGGCGAAUACGAUGCUGGUUAUUACGGGUAUCUGAGCAGUCAAGUCUAUAGCGCAGACAUGUUCUCCUCUGUUUUUGAAAAGGAUCCCAUGAAUGGGAAGGAAGGCAGACGUUACAGACAUAUGGUCCUGGAGAAAGGUGGGAGUCAGCAAGAGAUAAAGAUUUUGGAGGACUUUUUAGGGAGAAAACCAAGUACAGAGGCGUUUUAUAAGGAACUGGGCUUAGAGAAUUAG